CAAAGUCAAAGUAAUGUCGAAGGAGGGAUCAUCCCUCUUCACGUCUCCUUGCGCCCCUUAUACGGUAGCCUAGUCCUCUUCCCUAGUGCAACGACCUCGGACCCCCCUCCUACCUUGCGACCUAAGGCACAUCACGCCCCAGAAGAGUAUAUUCGACUCCUGAUGUUCUCAGUAGGUUAUGAGCCCGGCCAACGAAGCGCGCCGGAUGGGUCUGGCCCAUCCCACCUCUUGGCUUGCUGGACGCGGCACAGCACAGCGCAACGUGCGUGCGUGCGUGCGUGCGGAGGGAAAAGAAAAAGAAAACAGAAGAAAAGGCAAAGCAGAGGGGAGGGGAGCGAAAAGCCAUCCAUCCACCUACGCCGGCUCGCUAAGCAUCGUCGAGCCAGCAGGAUGCCAACCUUGGCCUGCUGAUGUGUUUGCGCCGCAGACCAGCUCGAUGCGUGCGGUUUGGCUAUUCUACCUUACCUUUCCCUUCCUUGUGCUCGUGACGCGCCAGUUAAAACCGGCGGUAGUCUCUGGCCGUCCAGGGAGGACCUGCGCCUUGAAACCGUCGAGUCCCGCAAAUCCGCACCAACGCCAUCGAGAGAGGGGAGCAGUAGCAGCAGCGGUAGUAGGAAGACGCGGAAGGGAGGGGGAGGAGGAGGAGUCAUCGUGUCGGCAGACCCUGAGACGGACCACAAGACUCUUGUGUUUCCGUAGUCUAACCACCGCGUCCUUUGUCUCACUGGAUAGAAUCCCCCCUUGGACUCUCUGUGGGCCUUGGCCUAGCCGUUCCCGUGCCGAACGUGGCUGUUUUGGGGGGCCUUCUUGCCUCUUUAGCCCAUACCGAAACAAACCAGUCUAGUUCGUACGACUUGAGAGAGAGAGGGAACCGUUGGUGAGAUGGUUUUUCGUUUCGUCUUAUCGUGACUUGGGGGAUCAGGAAGACAUCAGCCACGCCCUUACGCAGUCACAAGGUCUUUGCCACCGUUGGAUGACUUCGUGGAGGACCGAUCGUCCAUAAAUUUUCCUCUCAACCGAUUAUUUACUUAGGCCGAGGAGGAUCAUGGAGACUAGUUUGGUAGAUUGCGGUCUGGGACAUUGUCGAUACGAUCUCUCUCGAAUUCACGCCGUGGGCCUGUACUAGUGUUUUAGACCGUCUCGGCCCCCAGCCUACAGUGUUGGCUAGUUAGGGGACGUGCCAAAGGCCAUAUUAGGUGCGGGUUUUAAGAUAAGAAAGGCUGAAGUAUGUUGGAAAUAACCAUAGCUACAACCGGGAGCCACCCAUCAAAGCCAAGAGAGCUUUUUUUAAUUUUUAAUUUUUAAAACUCUUUUUUAAUUUUUCUAUUACCGAGGGGCUACCGCAAGCAGGAGCC